CUGGACCUCCAGAUACACCCGGACAGAUCAAAGUCAGAGGAAAUGCCGUGUGACAGUGGUACGGAUUCCCCCAGAGACUUCAAAAAGACUGUGAUAGAUAAUCCAGUUGAAAUGGACACAUCACCUUUAGGUGCCGCUUUGGGAGAGCUCUGCUUUCAUUCCUGAGUUAUUAACCUGAGCCAUGGUUUGUGUAAGACUUAUAGCUCCUGUGAGUCCACGGGUAAAGCAACAGGCACGAUGUAUUUCAGUACUAACCAGGUGAUCGAAUCUGCAGACGUAGUAAUCCAGCAGGCCCUUUGGUUUCCUGUGGGCAUCACCUGGCCGUGCAGCGUGACUCACCGUCAGCGUGGACCGCGUCCCACAGCUGCAGCCUGGACGCGGGCCAAGUCUGUGUGCCGUCAAACCAGCCUGAACAGAUACUCCACGACGUCUCCUGGCUUUACCUCAUUCCUGAGACGCGACUGUGCCCACCCCUUGUGCAAAGCAAUUUAAACCUGAUAGCACAUCCUCCGCUGAUUUGCGCUGAAACCUGGCCUAUCGCACCGCCGCUCUGCGCUUUUCCUCACAAGCGCGUUGCCCCCGUGCAGAACUCAUGGCUUUUACGCGCGCACCGCUGCUCGGUUCCUGACUUAUGGUGAUUGAUUUUUUAACUCACAUUCAACACGCUCCUCUAAUGCCUAUUAUUCUGUCAUCCGUGGAAAUGCUCCAUCCAGAUCCGUAACGGACCGAAGCUCGGUUAGAAUGAACGCAGUGCCGAGUGGAGUAUGCUUCUAUUUAUCCGUAGCAAUCUGCUGGCUGACGGCCGAGGUCGACGCUUCCUGGUGGUACAUGGGCACCCUGGGCUCCCAGGUCAUGUGCGACAACAUCCCGGGUCUGGUGAACAAGCAGCGCCAGCUGUGCCGCCAGCACCCGAAGGUGAUGCAGGCCAUUGGGGCGGGAAUGAAGGACUGGAUCUCCGAGUGCCAGCACCAGUUCCGCGCGCACCGCUGGAACUGCUACACCACCGCCAGGGACCACAGUCUGUUCGGACGCCUGCUGCUGCGCAGCAGCAGAGAGGUGGCCUUCGUCUACGCCGUCUCGUCGGCCGGCGUGGUUUACAGCGUGGCGCGCGCCUGCAGCCAGGGCGAGCUGGACUCGUGCUCCUGCGACCCCUCCAGGACGGGCUCGUCGCAGGACGCCAGGGGCUCGUUUGACUGGGGCGGGUGCAGCGACCACGUGGAGCACGCCAUGCGCUUCAGCCAGGCGUUCGUGGACGCCAGGGAGCGGAAGGAGCGGGACGCACGCGCGCUCAUGAACCUGCACAACAACCAGGCGGGCAGGAAGGCGGUGAAGCGCUUCAUGACCCUGCAGUGCAAAUGCCACGGCGUCAGCGGCUCGUGCAGCGUCCGGACCUGCUGGUCGGCCAUGGCCGACUUCCGCCGAACCGGGGACCACCUUCGCAAGAGGUACAACGGCGCCGUGCAGGUGGCCGUUAACCAGUACGGAACCGGCUUCACGGCGGCACACGCGCACUUCAAACGACCCAGCAAGAACGACCUGGUUUACUCCGAGGACUCGCCCGACUACUGCGUCCGGAACCAGGACUCGGGCUCCGUGGGGACCGCAGGCCGCGUGUGCAACCGCACGGCGCGCGGCGCCGACAGCUGCGAGGUCCUGUGCUGCGGCCGCGGCUACGACACGGCGCGGCUCAGCAGAACCACCAAGUGCGAGUGCAAGUUCCAGUGGUGCUGCGCCGUGCACUGCCGCGACUGCCACCAGCAGGUGGACGUGCACACCUGCAAGAGCCAGACGUGAGGACCCCUGCUCCACGGCUGCCGGUUCCACUCCGGCCCGACGCCAGGCGCCAGCGCGUGCUUCAUGUAUCGGCCAGUAGCUUCUGUCCACGUUUGGGUGUCUGUAGUUUUCCUUUAGCUCUGCUGCACGUAAAUAUCCAGACAGCGUAGAACACCAGCUGAGCAUGUAGAACGCUAGAGGCAGAGGGUUCCUCUUUCACUCCCACUUUGGGCUCCUGCAGAACCGAGACUGAGCAGAAUCUCCUCAGACACAGCGGCACAAACAGAACCGUCUGCAUCUGCUCCGUUAUCGUUCAACCUCCAACCAACGCAUGGCAGUGACAGCACAAACUCAGCUCGUCCCAUUCAAACCCGCCCUGAAGGUCCUCGGGCUUCUGAUCAUCUCUGGGUGAUCCAGCCCUGAUGUGAACAGUCUUCAUUCUGCAGACCUGGGAUUCCGAACUUGCGCUGCUUUUCCAACAUCUGGACUGAGACUUACCAAAGCACUCCAGCUGCAGCGCGUAUGAAUCAAACUGGGGGCAAGAAGCCGGUUUGCAGCAAUACACAAAAAGUCCUUUAUUGUAUUUUUUUGUCUUUUUCACGUUUUAAUGAUGGCAACCGAUCACCUCUCUCUGUACAACAAAAGAACAGCUUUAAAUGAUUGAAAACCCAAAAUAAUGCAAACAAAUAAAGUCAAACCCAAAUCUGGA